CGGGAUCUUGUGGAGGAUGGUCAGACCGCAUGUCGGGCAUGUUCAGUGCUUACGUCAUUUCCCUGAUAUUGCGUAAACAUUUCCUAAUUAAGUACACACGAUCGAGUAACUUGACAGAUUAUCUCAGUCCCAUUUAUUUUGACUGGAGAUAUAACUCAUCGAUUCUGAUGAAGAGAUCUUACGGUUAUCAGGAUUUCUUUGUGAAAACUCCAGCUGCUCUUAAGAAUAGAAGUUUAACAGGUCUGCAACGAAUGUUCUCAAAAGAUGUCAAUUUCGUACGUAUGAACUGGGAUUAUACCGAACACUUUAGAAAGUUUCUAGGCUUGCAGAACGUCAUACCAUGGUUGUUAGAAUUACAUUAUGCCGAUAUUUAUUCAAAGUUUUUCAACACCCUCUUCAAACCUACAAACAUGAUCACUGAAGCAGUAAACAAGGUUGUACAAAAUGUACCAAAACUUGCCUGUGCUCAUAUUCGUAUGGGUGGAAGUGACACGAUACCAGGAGAUGAAAGGCAUACGGAAGAAAAACAACUUAAACAUGUCUGGAACUUUCUGAAGACCAUGGAAGCCAGACACUAUAGCAUUUUUAUUGCAACCGAUGCACAAAUUGUAAAGGAGAAGGCAAGUGCAUUAUUCAAACACCUCCUUGAGGCUGAAGGACGAAUCCUACACAUAGACUGGGGAGCUACUGGGGGUGACUUAGUAAAUGGUUAUAAGAAAGUUGUUGUAGAUUUCUUUGUUCUCACGAAAUGUGAUGUGUUAGUUUUAACGAAGAGUGGGUUUGGAAUAAUGGCCGCGUACCUGAAUUCCGAUGUUUCAAACUUGUACUGUCUAACACCAAAUGAGUUGGUGCCGUGUUCUCGGUAUACGAUACAUAACUACUUCCCCGGUGAGUUACUUUCUCCUUAUUAGUCUCAUUGAAGCUAAUGCAAACACAUUUUGGAAAUAUAUGUGAUAGAUCAGCCGUAGAAUGUUGCUGUUGGUGCUUCUCGACAUUUUAUCGUAUCUCAGGUAGUGAAAAAGUUGAAGCCUCAUCUCUACCUCGCAGUUUUCUGUUUAGGAAAUUUGUUAGAUCGGGAAACUUCAUCCUGUGGAGUAAUAGCCUCGCUUCCAAUAUGUUAGUUAAGUAACUGUAGAGUGAACUGCCACAUUGAUUCAGUAUAUAUGUG